AUGUCUGUUAACUCUACGACAGGCUAGUUUGAUCUAAAAGCGCGGUUGAGCCAUAUGGAAAAUUCUUGCGGCAUUUUAAAGGAAUCACAGUUCCUUUUGUGUCACUGAUAUGUCAAAGAGCCUUUAUGUUGGUUAUAUGGCAGACGUCCACUAGAGAACUAAGUUGCCGGGCUGAAUGGUCGUUGUAACGUCAGUGAAAAAGCAGAAGCGCGACGGAUGUGGGUAGCAUCUCGACACAAAUAGAGCUGGCGCACCAAGGGUGCAGCUAAAUCUGAAAGGCCCAUUGAGCCUAAAACUAUGAACCCCGAGGAGCAGACGGUUACGUGGCUAAUAACAUUAGGCGUGCUUAAUUCACCCAAAAAGAAUAUCGCUGAUCCGGAGGAAUUUCUGAAAACAUCUCUCAGAGAUGGGGUCGUCCUGUGUAAGCUUGUGGAGCGAGUGCUACCUGGAGCCAUCUUAAAGUAUUCAGCUGAACCCAGAUGCGAAGCGGACUGCAUUGCAAACAUUCGAGAGUUUCUAAAAGGAUGCCAGUCUCUAAAGGUUGAGGUCUUUGAUCCAGAAAGCUUAUAUACUGGGGAGAACUUCAACAAGGUUCUGUCGACACUCUCAGCAAUAAACAUCGCCACUCAAGAUACCCCUAAUAGAUCAUGUCCACAGCCCAGUGCCUCUGCUCCUAGCCUGUCGGCCCCUUCACAAGCUGUUCCCAACUUAAAGUCCAGCAGGUCUUUACGGAGACAGUCAAAAGCUGUGGAAAUGUCGGAGAAUGGAGGUGGAGGGCAGCUGGUGGUCAAGGCACGCUUUAAUUUCAAGCAGAACAAUGAGGACGAGCUGUCUUUCAGCAAGGGCGAGCUGAUCCAUGUCACACGCCAGGAGGAAGGUGGAUGGUGGGAGGGAGCCCUUAACGGCAAAACCGGCUGGUUCCCUAGCAAUUACGUCCGAGAGGUCAAGCCAUGUGAGAAACCGAUUUCUCCGAAAGCGGUAAAAGGACUUGACGUUCCUCAGUUGACUAAAAAUUAUUACAAUGUGGUGGUGCAAGACAUCUUGGAGCAUGAGAGAGAGUUUGUCAAGGAACUGCAAAUGGUACUGGGCUGUUACCUGCGCCCUCUACAGGCCAGCAACAACUCUCUCUGCAGGCUGUCUAGUGCGGACUGCUCCAGUCUGAAUGGGAAUUUAGAGAACAUCCUUUCUUUCCAACAGGGACUGUGUCUUGCCUUAGAGGAGUGCUCCAAGAUGCCAGAGGGCCAGCAGCGGAUUGGUGGCUGUUACCUGAACCUGAUGUGUCAGAUCAGAACACUGUACUUGUCCUACUGCUCCAGCCAUCCUUCUGCAGUCUGUGUGCUGACUGAUCACAGUGAGGAGCUGGAUAAGUUUAUGGAGAGUCAGGGUGCCAGUGCUCCCGGUAUCCUGACCCUCACCACCAGCCUGAGCAGACCCUUCAUGAGGCUCGACAAAUACCCCACCCUCCUGCAGGAGCUUGAGCGACAUGUGGAGGAAGCGCAUCCAGAUUACAGUGACAUUCUCAAAGUGACUGUUGCUUUUAAAAAUCUUGUGACUCAGUGUCAAGAUCUGCGAAAAAGAAAGAACUUGGAGUUGCAGAUCUUGUCGGAGCCAGUGCGGGGCUGGGAGGGCGACAGCAUGAAGUCGCUGGGUCAGGUGGUCUACAUGUCACAGGUCCACAUCCAGAGCAGCUCAAAUGAGGAAAAGGAAGAGCGAUACUUCAUGCUGUUUCCCAAUGUGGUAGUCAUGCUGUCUGCCAGCCCAAGAAUGAGUGGUUUCAUUUACCAGGGACGUCUUCCACUGACUGGAACUACUGUAACCAAACAGCCAGAGGAUGCAGAGACAGGCCAUUAUGCUUUUGAGAUCACAGGAGGGACAAUAGAUCGCACCAUGGUGUUCUGCAGUAGUGCACAGGAGCAGCUGGAGUGGUUAGAACAUCUUCAUGCUUACACCAAGGAAGGAAGUCCAGUCGGAACAACAUUGAAGAGUGUUGAGGCUAAGCUUACAACCAUGGCUGGCACGUCGUCCCACCACUUGCACAGUUUCGGUACUGCUGUGGCUAACCGAGGCCCUCUCGAAACCCCCAAGAUCACCAAGCCAUGGUCCUUAAGCUGUCUGAGACCAGCGCCGCCUCUCAAGCCCUCCGCUGCGCUAGGUUAUAAAGAGAGGAUGUCUUAUAUCCUGAAGGACUCUAGUAAAAGCCCCAGACCCAGACCCAAGUUCCUUCCAAAAAGAAAAACGGAGAGAAAACAUUCAGAUGAUGAGUUCCUGCUCAGAAAAAGCACAGCAGCUCUGGAGGAGGAUGCACAGAUACUCAAAGUGAUUGAGGCCUACUGCACCGGAGCCAGUCUCCACCAAUCCACCACAGCUGUUCGUAAGGAGUGCAUCCCCCAGGUCCUGCUUCCAGAAGAAGAGAAGAUUAUUGUUGAGGAGAUCAAGAGCAAUGGCCAGACGAUCAUUGAGGAAAAAAGUCUUGUUGAUGCUGUUUAUGCUCUAAAAGAUGAAGUCCAUGAAUUAAGAAAGGAGAAUAAACGGAUGAAGCAAUGUCUGGACGAGGAACAGAAGUCCCGUAAGGAGCUAGAGCGUAUAGUCAGAAAGUUGGCCAAGCAAAAGAAUGACUGUUCCUGGGAUGAAGGAGGUCACUAAAGAACACUCGCCUGUUUCCCUUUGCCAGCUGCAUGUAUGUGUUUCCGUGUCUGUGUGUCCUCACAAAUGUGUUUUUAUGUGUUUUUUUCCAUCACAUUACACACUGAACGUUGCUUUUGGAAAGUCACCAUGCUGGGGAUUUUCAGCCAUUUCUCGUCAAAUGUUUUUUAAGGACAAGAUGCGAUAAGAAGAUCAACUCUGUGAUUAGUGACUGUGUUUAUCUUGCCAUACUGAAGAAUAUCACUGUGCGGUUUGCUUCACGCUCCUGUGAUGUGACAUUCUGAGAGCAAACCGGCAACUGUUCUAGAAGACCAAGUGAACUGUAUUUUGUGAUUUGGAAAACUUCAGAUGAUUGUCAGAGUCCUGUCCAUUUUUUGUUCCGGUUCACUCCACUCCAACAAGAAUCAUCACAGAAAAGAUGGUGGAAUCUCUUGUUUUUGAACUGAACAAAUAUCUGCCUCACUUUAUGACUGUUACUGGUCAUGGACAAAAGAAAUCCAAUGACAUUCAGCCCAUGAACAGCAUUCCGACUCAAGCCGCCAUUGCACAAGUGAAAAUAUUCUGUUUAUGGCGUAAGAGGAGAUACUUGUGGUUGAACAUUGCAGGAUUCCACUGUUUCAACAAGUAUUGCUCUUUUGAGACCCAUUUCUGCUUUUAUAAUGUGAAAAUGGUUGCUUUUAGGUCACAAAUGAACAAGAUUGAGAUUUGUGGUUUGCACCUGAUUGACAUGAGAUGCCCUACUUGCCAUCUUGAAAUGAGUUUGGUUUUUUAUUUUAGUUUGAAGGCUUUGAAUUAAAUGCCUGUAAUGCGUCAUUGGGCUGUAUAUGUGUUACCCGGACAGUCACUCGCAUCAGUAUGGGUACACCGUAUUUCUAAAAGAGCCAUUAUAAUACUACAUAAUCACGCUUCUGAUAAUCAUCACUAGUUUAAAGCUAUCAGGGAUAUAGUUGUCAGAAAUAGUUCGGUUUAUAAUACUAUACUAAUACGAUACAUCAUAUAAUGUAUGUAUAUCAUAUAUACAGUAUAAAUAUGUAUAAAUCAGAUAUUAUGGCGAAAGGAAAAAAUUUUAAUGAUAACAAAAAUACAGUAGGAAACUUCAUCCUCCUUUUUCAAAGGCUUGAAACUAUUUCAUAUGUAUCUUAAACCAAAAACAAUCCAGAAUGUUUGCAGAUUUGGUACUAGGAGCCCUUUUAGGACUCAAAAAAUCAAGUGUACGUAGAAACAUACGGUACUUUAGGCACUGAUGUUUGUUCCUCCCUUACCAUAUAUUGGAGGCUCAUAUUAGAGUGACAAACAAAUGUGGUUAGAACCCAAUUUUAUAGAUUUUUUUUUUCAGCAAACUGCUCCCCAUCAGCAAUGUUUAAUUUUUGUCCGGAAUGAAAUGGAGGCUGUGAUGGAUUGUAGUACAGUGCAUUUAGUGGAUUGUACUGUAGUUUAAUAACAUACAGAUUGUUCAGCUGACAAAACAUCUUUCCGAAGAAACUUGCGUUUUGAAAGUUCUGAGUUUUAGUAAAUUAUGUGAUCUAGGAGCUUUAUAUAGUGGAUGCCAUGGUAAAGACAGUACGUCUAUCUCUCACAGACUUGUUUUCAUCCACGUUGAAUUUAAUAUGGCAUCUAAUCUGAUUUACAGCGGAGGUGCAUUUUUUUACUCAUUUGUAUUCUGCCAUAGUUGUGCGUGGUAUGCGUGGUACUUUUUUUUUUUUUUCUUGAACUCUUGCUAUUUUAACUGUAACUAGUUACAAUUACACAAAUUACACUGUGGAGUGCUAAACCUUUCAACUAAUCAUUAGCGAUCAUAACCGUGACUAAUCUUUUCAUUCGCUGUGGAUCGGAGAUCUUAAGCAGUGAAGAAAUGCAUGGAAAGAGCUGUAAAGAUGAGCAAAACUUGGGUGGGGAGUUUUAUUUUUAAUGUUUUUAAACCCACCAGCGGUCACCUCCGGAGCAUUGCUGUGGCAAUUCAAUGCAAUAUGCGACUGGUUUGUUGUUACAAUUGCUGUGCAAGAGCCAGUUUUUCUCUUGGAAGGAGUAUACUGUAUAAUAUAUUCUUCCGAUUAGGCAAUAAGAUGUGCUCUGGGGCGCACAAAUGUAAUGCUGUUACUGUGGUACUGUGUGUAAAUCUGUUUCAUGUUUGUGUGCGUGUUUGUUUUUCCAGCAAUUAACCUUGCAUGCCAUGUGGUACACAUAGCCUUAAAUAUUAUUUUAAAGUGUUAACCCUGAUUGUAUUGUUUUUGUUGUUGUUAUUAUGAAAACUCCUGAAGUUUUAAACCAUCGGUCUAAAACUUUGACAUCUGCAGUGGUAAAUGUGAUCUUUCUGAUGGUCUGUUUGUGUGUGUGUAAUGUGGAAGAGAUUGAAUUGUUCAUUAGGUUAUGCUAGUAUGUAUACCUGAUAUUUGCUCUAGGUGGCUACUGAUCUCACUGAAAUGAAAUUCACUUUGUCAUGUCAUGAAUGUGUCCGG